CUCUAUAUAUCUUAAAUGUUAGUACAAGUACCAUACUACCAUGGCUAAACUCGGUCUUUUCUCCCGGACCGAUCUCCAGAACUUAGCUCUCUUACAACAAAAUCAACACCAAACCCAGUUAUCAAGCCCUAAUUUGGUCCCCAAAGCCUGGAUGUGGAACCCUAAGCCAGUUCAAGAACCCGAAGAUGACUCAUGGGAGGUGAGAGCCUUCGCGGAGGACACUGGUAAUGUAAUGGGCACCACAUGGCCUCCAAGGUCUUACACUUGCACAUUUUGUAGAAGAGAAUUCCGAUCCGCCCAAGCCCUAGGCGGCCACAUGAAUGUGCACCGCCGCGACCGGGCCCGCCUCCACCAAUCCCAUCCUCAGAUGAACCCGGCAGCAAUCUCAUCAGCUUCCACUACCUCACUCAUAAUCCCAACUCAAGAAUUUGUGAAUUCAAAUGGUGGAUUAUCCCUUGUUUACCAAUUGCCAAGCCCUAGUAGUAUAAAUGGUGCAUCCUUCAAUACUGCGACAACUUGGAUGAGCUCAAGUAGCACAAAUGGUCAUGGUGUUGAGUCAUUACCAUCCAUUCUUCAUUCAGUUUCACCCAAUAUUCCACCCCAUGACUACUUAGUGUCAGUUGUGCCACCAGCUGGAAGAAGCAAUUCUAAUUCCCAAUAUUGUCACUCAAACAAAUCAUCAGCUCAUGAUGAUCCGGAACCCUCAACGUCCGGAACAGAAAAUGGCAAUUUUGAAGAGCUUGAUUUAGAGCUUCGGCUUGGGCAUGGUCGACCGGCAAUACCAUCUUGAUUCUUCGACAAACAAGAAAUUAAGGGACGAUUGAUAUACAAGCUUAUUAAGGCGGGUGUGUCUGCAGCUAGAAGUUGGA